AUGGUACACCUGGGGCUCCUGGGCAAGAAGGACAACCUGGGGAGCCCGGAAAUCCAGGAGAACCUGGCGAUCCUGGUACCCCUGGAAAUAAUGGCGGAGAUGGCCAGCCCGGACAGCCAGGAACCCACGCCACUCACGCUGCAAAUCCAUGCGGGACCCCGGGACCUAUGGGAAAGAAGGGGCAUCGUGGAAAAGCAGGGAAUCCCGGUUUCCCGGGACCGCCAGGGAUGUCCGGCCUCGUCGGGCCGGGGCCAACACGGUCAGCCUGGAAACCGAGGUCCGAGUGGAAUGCCGGGCUUGGACCUUGGAUACUGUAAAUGCCCACCGUUGCCUGUGGUCAAAGGCGCUCCAUAUUUGCCACCACCCUCGCCUCUACCACCACCACUACUUGCUCCGACGUAUUCAGUGCCGAUUCUGAAUACGCCACCUACAGGUCCCCUUCCCCCACCACCGCCCGGCCCGGUCCCAGUUGCCUUUCCGGCGCUUCCACCCGGGACUGUCCUACCACGAGGUCCGAUCGUAGGAGGAGCACGUGUUUUGGCCCCUGGUGUUGCACCUAACGUUGAUUUCCCAGCGGCAUCUACUACUGUGAAUGGGCCACAAUUUAUGCAACCACCCCCCGGGCCAGGCGCCCAAUUUUUCCUCCAACCAUCGCCGAAUCAAAGUCCCGCCGCACCCAAUCGCCAGCUAUUCCUACAGCAACGUUCUGCCAGCUUCAGCUUCCCGCGAAAGAUACUC